UGAUAUAGUCGCGCGGGAGCCGGGAAGGUGUAUGGCAUUCAGUUAUGGAGAGCCCUACCUUGCCAAAGAAAAUUCGAGAAACGAAAGUUUUAGUUUUAUACACAGGCGGAACGAUUGGAAUGAAGAAAACAGAUGGAGGAUAUCAGCCGAAAUCUGGCCACCUUCAGACGCAAAUAAAGAGACUUCCUAUGUUGUAUGAUGAGGAUUAUACAAAGAUUGAACCAAAAGGAAGUCUUAAGUCUUUCAGCUGUGACAACGCUGCCAGUACUUCACAGCUAGAAGAGUUAGCAAUGCCCAUAUCAGCUCAUGGAGUGCGAGUAUUAUAUUACAUCAAAGAAUACUUUCCCCUCAAAGACUCAUCAAACAUGACGAUUGGAGACUGGGUGGAAAUUGCACUUGAUAUUAAAGACAAUUACAGUAGAUAUGAUGGGUUUGUGGUAAUACAUGGAACAGAUACAAUGGCCUACAGUGUUUCUGCUUUGUCAUUUAUGCUGGAAAACCUUGGGAAAUCUGUGAUCUUCACUGGUUCACAGGUUCCAAUUUAUGAGCAGAGAAAUGAUGGUCGUGACAACCUGUUAGGUGCAUUGGUCAUUGCUGGUCACUACAUUAUUCCUGAGGUUACUCUGUUUUUUGCUGGAUGUUUAUAUCGUGGUAACCGCUCCACCAAAGUGAGUGCUGGGAGCUUUGAUGCCUUCACCUCCCCAAAUCUUCCUCCCCUGGUAACCAUGAAGGUGAACAUUGAAGUGCAGUGGGAUGCAAUAUUCCGUUCAAACAGUGUUAACAAGUUCACAGUUUGUUCUAACAUGAAUCCCAACAUUGGACUGCUUAGGCUCUUUCCAGGGAUUACAUCUGAAACUGUGCAAGCAUUUUUAAAACCACCCAUGCUAGGUGUGGUCCUGCAGACGUAUGGGUGUGGAAAUGCACCUAACAACCGUGAGGACAUUAUUUCUGAGAUAAAGAAAGCUACUCGCCGAGGUGUAUUAAUUGUCAACUGCACACAGUGUCUCCAUGGUCCUGUGGUUGAUCAAUAUGCCACAGGAAAGGUGUUGUUGGAUGCAGGGGUGAUUCCUGGCUCAGACAUGACACCUGAAGCAGCACUCACCAAACUUUGUUACGUGUUGGGAAAAACGGAGCUCAGUUUGAAUGAGAAACGAGAGUUGAUUCGAAAUAAUAUUCGCGGAGAACUCACCGUCGCUCAUACAAGGGAACAAUUCUCUCUCAAAGACAACUCAUUCAUUGCUGCCGUAGCAUCGUCAUUACAGAUCAGCUCCAGCAAGGAAAUGAAAUUCAUAAGGCAAGCUCUACUUCCUGUGCUCAUGAGCUGUGCUACAAGUGCUGGGAAUGUGCGGACAAUGGAAGAACUUCUUAAUCAGGGUGCUGAUGUAAAUGCCACUACGGACUACGAUGGUAGGACUCCUCUUCACAUCGCAUGCGUAGAAGGCAACACGGAAGCGGUCGAAUUUCUCCUGGCAAAAGGCGCAAUUACGCAAGUGCGAGACAGAUUUAAAUGCUCCCCUCUGGACGAUGCCAUUAAAUUCCGGCACAAAGAGAUCGUUAAAACGCUUCGGAAAGCUGGUGCUCAGUUGAUGAAAUCUUCUAUGGAGACAGCGGUUGAACUUUGUCGCUUGGCUGCGAAAAAUCGAGUGGAUGACUUACUCGUGUGGCAACUCGCGGGAGCGGAUUUUAAUGCGAGUGAUUACGAUAAAAGAACGCCUCUCCAUGUGGCCGUUUGCCGUAACAACGUAGAGACUGUUGCCUUCUUGCUGGAGCAUGGUGUAAACCCGUACCUCCGUGAUGUUUUUGGCAGCACUCCCAUGGACAAUGCCAAGUCGUAUGAAUUGCACAAUAUUAUCGAUAUGUUAGACGGAUACUGCGGAUUAAAGAAGUUUAAUGUUCUCUCUCUAACUGAAUCAUCUUGAAUAAUUAUUUUAACAUGUUUUUUUUGUUUGUUUUUUUUUUUAAUAUGGGAAAACAGCCUGUUCCAAGCUUUCAGUAAGUAGCGGCUGAGUGAAAAAACCAGGGAGGCCUGGGUCAAGUCGCCGGAGAACGCUAUUACGCGAACCGACCAAAGUCUCCCUCGUUCUUUAACACUUAUCCGUUACUAUCGCCUCGUUUCAGUUGCGCUUCGUUUUACCAGCUGAACACCUGGAACAGGAUAAUGGACCGAUAGAAUUAAAGUAAAUUUUUUUUUGAACAAGGAAUAUGUGUUAAAAUCAGUUAAAGGGAUCGUAGUACAAGUGAGACAGCCAGAAGGCAAUGUUUUCAAUUGAAGAAAAAUACGCGCGAGUGACUUAACAUUUUAUUUAGGAAGGAAUGCAAGGUAGCCGACUUUUACUUCUUACGCGAUUGGCAAAGCAGCAAAAACGAUCGAAAACUAGUUGUCGGCAACGAGAUGUUGAAAACGACUUUCGGUAACAGCCACUAAAAAACACCUGAAUGAUUUUUUUCUUUGCGAUACUCAUUCGAAAAUUACUCUUUGGCUGGCAAUAUUGGGAAAAUUAUUUUAAGGUCAUUUUAAAGGCUGUUAUUUAUUGGAGGGAUAACUGAGCUCAAGAUUUGGGUUUCGCCAUUUAAGAUAUGACGAUGUUAUUUAUUUUGUAUAUAUUUUGUAUAUAUUUAUAAUAUAUCCAAAACAAACAAAAGCGUGAGGGGAGGGGGGCUGGAUGCGCUCAGAUAAAUAUUAUUUAUAAAAAUUAUCAAGUUAGUUAUUCACAUUUUGAGGGAGUAUUAUAUGUUAGUGUUCGUGUUCAUGCAAACGCCAAUCGCAUUUUUGUUUGUUUGUUUAAUGGGAUAAAAAAAAACCUAAAGGCGAGGAUUGUAUUUUUGUAAAGAAUAAGCUAAAUAAAGGAAAC